AUGGCUCAGGUCAUUAAACCUACAAGUCGAGACCAGUUUCACAUAGCCAUUAUAUGCGCUCUGCCACGUGAAGCCGAUGCUGUCAUGCUGCUAUUUGAUGAAUUCUGGGACGAGGACAGCGAUCCAUUUGGACGAGCGAAUGGCGACACAAAUACUUACAACACUGGCCGCAUCGGAAAACACAAUGUUGUUCUCGCCAUACUCCCAGGCAUGGGCACCAACAACGCGGCCUCGGCUACAGCGAGUCUACGAUCAAGCUACAGUAACCUCAAACUUGCAUUACUCGUCGGGAUUUGCGGGGGCGUACCCCGAAUCGCAGACGAGGAUGUUUUUCUUGGCGAUGUUGUAGUAAGCAAGGCCAUUGUCCAGUAUGACUUUGGCCGACAGUACCCAGGAGGUUUUGAGAUUAAGAAUACCAUUGAAGAUAGUCUUGGUAGAGCAAACAAGGACAUUCGAGGGUUGCUGGCAGUUUUUGAAACUGAGCAUAUGAGAGAUUGGCUGUCAACCAAAUCGGCGGACUAUUUGAAGCAACUGCAAGAAGCCGCGAAGAGGAAAAGACGACGAGCGAAAUACCAGAAUCCUGGGGCCAUUCAAAACAAACUCUUUUUACGGGAUUAUAUCCAUCAACACCAGUUGGAGCAGUGCGAAACAUGCAAUUUGGGUUGCGACGAGACUCAGCUUGUCCAAAGAGAUGUUUCUUUCCUAGACAAUGGCGUCUUUAAUAUUUUCAUUGGACGGAUUGGCUCAGGCAAUACGGUAAUGAAGAGUGGUAAAGACCGAGACCGGAUUGCCGCGCAGCAUAACCUCAUUGCGUUCGAGAUGGAGGGCGCAGGAGCUUGGGACGAGGUCCCUUGCUUGGUAGUCAAGGGUGUUUGCGACUAUGCUGAUAGCCACAAGAAUAAACAAUGGCAAGACUUUGCGGCUGCCACUGGGGCUUGCGUGAUGAAGGCCAUUUUGGCUCGCUAUGUCGUGGCUGAGGGUGCUCAAGGUUCCGCCUUGACUCAGACAAAUGGCCAAAGUGUGCAGAAUAAUACACGAAGUAUUUCUGGAAAUACAUUUGGCAAUAAUGUAAACAUUAGCCAGGGCGAUAUGACUUGGAACAUGAAGUGA